UUAGCCGUAAUUACCUUGGAGUUUAAAGGACCCAGUCGGGACCGCACGGCAGCCAGCGCGCGCCUUUAUUACCCCCCCUCCCGCGGGCGGCAGAGGCUCCCCCGCACCGCACCGCACCGCCGCGCCGUCCCCGUCCCGAGAAAUCAAAGCGGACCAGCUGCAGCGAGUCAUCAGCCGUCAAGGAGAAGGAAAGCGGAAGCCGAGAGCGCACGCCGCCCGCCCCGCCCACCGGCUAGAAAAGAGAGGUCCGGAGAGGAGAGGAGUCCCACCACCUACCGCGCGAGGCUUGACCGCGGAAACGCCAUCCAUGUCUCCGUCGUCGUCGUCGUCGUCGUCGAUGGGAGGCUCACUCGCGCUCGCCGCCGCCACGGCCGUCGCGUUCUCCGGCUCCCUCGUCAUCUUCUCGCUCUGCCGCGCGCACCUCUCCCACGCCGCCGACCCGGAGCCGGAGACGGAGACGGAGCUGGAGGAGGGCGCGACGGAGCACGCCGCCCUGCGCCCAUGCCUCUUGUCGUCGUCAGAGAGGCGGACGCGCGGGGGGAAGGCGAAGGCGUGGAGACGCAGGGGCGAGAGGCGGGUGCGGUUCGCGGCCGACGUCGUCGACAAUGAGGGCGCACCGCCCGCCCGCCGCCACCCGCCUGCUUCCACCGCCGCCGCGUCGUCGUCGUCGGCGUCGUCCACCUGCAGGGACGCGGCGGGGUCGGAGGACCGCUUGAUGCCGGCCAACCGGGAGGCGCUCUACCGCGGCAUGCUCCGCGACCGCUCCGCGCACCGGUUCACCUGCUCCUACUGACCGUCCGGCCGGCCGGCCGGCGGACCAGCUCGAUUGGUUGCUUCGUUCGUUCGCCGUUAGCGUCGUUCGGUAAUCGGUAGGCAGGCUGUUGACUUCGGGAGGUUCAUCCUCUUGCAGAACCGAGGAGGAUUUUGUUAAUAGAAUUUUAGUAUUUUUCUUUUUUUUAUAUAUAUUUGUGUUUUUUUUAACGUUUGAUGAGCGAGGAAGGAAGCUCUGCUCUGUAAAUAUGCUGCCAUUUUAUCCGAAGAGGAAAAAAAAAAUCAAAGUCUCUGAGCACGACUUGUAA